AUGACCACUGGAAAGAGCACGUAUAUUGUAAGCUGCGAUCGAUUGCUUUUACAUUACAGUCCCAUCGAUAUGCGAAAGAACCUAGAGGAACUGGUCCUCUUAAGCUGCACAUCAAAAUACGUGGGCGAGUACUGUCAACAUUUGAACCCAUGUUAUACGGGAUCGCGCUGUCAAAAUGGCGGCUCGUGCAGGGUACGCGAGGGCAUUGGGGGUGGCACACCUUCCUUCACAUGUUCAUGUCCAGUCGGUUUUACUGCCAGCCUCUGCGAAAUUCCUAUCGAGAACGCCUGUGACUCUUCGCCCUGCCUCAACGGUGCUACGUGCAAUCUUAAAUCGUUGCACGAAUAUGUGUGCACGUGCAGCAUCGGAUUCACAGGUGACCAUUGCGAGCGACAGGAUUACUGCGCCUCGUCGCCUUGUCGAAACGGGGCCGGGUGUCGCUCGCUCGAGGACAGCUACGAGUGUACGUGUGCACAUGGUUUCACGGGUCCAAAUUGCGCGGACGACAUCGACGAGUGUGAGAGGGACCCGUGCAGACAUGGUACCUGCAACAAUAUUCACGGAUCUUACAGUUUAACGCCGGAUCUCAGCGACGUUGACGAUCAAAGAUUUCUAAUCACCAUUUCCGGUUCUUUAAAUGCAAAAAAAUUACAUAUGUGGGCGCAGAUGGGAUUGAAUCCGGAUCUACGGAUCGCGAAUUAA